UCAUGCACAAGUUUACGGAUAAUUGCUACAGCCGCUUGGGAACGUCUUCCGUAGCUGCACACGUUACAUCCAGCCGUAGCCUAGUCCAGUCAAUUGCGAAGAAACGUUAAACCCAGUGUACAUUGUACAUACAGGCUGCACAAAACGACAAUGGCACCGCCGCCCCCUCCAGCUCCGCCACCUCCCCCAACAGGGGAUUUAGAUGAUUUUUUGACAAAUGGCCUCGAUGGACAACCUCAAAAUGAAGGGGCUGUUGCCCUGCCGUCCUUUGGGGCAGGGGAUACCAAUGGCUCCAUGGACACAAUGCCCCCAGCACCUCCAGAGAAGGAGCCUCAGGUAUGGGAGAAGCCCCUGACCAUUCCGGACAUCCGCAAGAGCAGCAACAACUGGUCAUUGGCCUCAGACGCUGGGCUGCUGCUGUAUCUGCAAGAGUUCUCCCACAAAAUGCUGGCAAAGACCAGUGACUUGGAGAAGAAGGUGGACAAUCUGGUGCACGAGACCAAGUGCACAGACUCCCGAGUACACAAUGUCUUCAACGACUUCCUCAUGCUGGCCAACACACAGUUCAUUGAAAAUCGGGUGUAUGACGAUUCUGAGGAGACUGACCAGAAACCAGAAACUACCAACAAGAGAGAAGAACAGGUCAAGACAAGAGAGCAGCGAGAAGCGGAGGUCAUCCCGCGGGUCAUCAAGGCCCUCAACCUGGGCAUCAACGUGCUGGACUCGGCCUUUGAGCAGCUGGACGCCAACGCCGGCAACUCAGACUCAGAGGAAGAGGACCCCACCUACCGGGCCGUGGUGGAACCCAUUCUGGAACCCAAGGACUUGUACGCUCACCGCUCGCUGCCGUUCCUCAUUGGUAGUCCGGCCUUCAUGCAGGAUGACAAUGUUGGGGUGGCUGAUAUCACGGAGGAAGAAAUGAGUGAGGAAGGAUCUGUGAGUGGCUCAGAGAAGACAACAUCAGAGUCUGAAUCAGAGUACACCGACGAGAGCGAAACAGAAUCUGAGAUUGAAUCGGAUGUUGCAACAAAGAAGAAACCAUCCCAGAUAGAAAGGUCGGAGUCUGAGAAUGAUCUUUUUGAAGGAGAGAAGUUAUCAGAUGAAGAAGAGGAAAAACCAAAGGGUGGAGCAUUGGCAGACGAGCUGGCAGCAAGGAUCGGUACAGCACCCCAAUCAAAGGCUGAUGACGAUGAGACCAAGCGUGACCGCAGUAUCUCGGAGGUCAGUGGCACGUCUACCUCCAGCAAGGGCAAAAAGCGGAAGAAAGGGACAGCUAAAGAUAAGUCCGGCAAACGGAGGUCAGCCUCCAAGACAAGUGCUGUGUCUGAGGAUAACAUGUUUGACGAGCCAGCCGCUGCCGAAGACGAAGACUCGCCCUUCAGUAAGAAGGGAGGCCUGUUCAGCAGCUCAGGCGGAGGACUUUUCGCAGAUGAUGAGGAAGAUGAGGAGGGAGGCUUGUUUGAUGAGGCCCCUAAGCCACGGUCCGCCAGCCAAAGAGACGAUCACAUUUAUGAAGAUAUUACUGCUGAAGAGGUGGAGACAAGUACAGAGAGCCACAACAAAGUACCCGCUGGUGCUGUGCCACUGUUUGGUGACCCAUCCACUGAGGAUGAUUUAUUUGGCAGCUCACCAAAAUCAAAUGAGGCCGGGAAAACCCUUUUCAUGAGGGCAACCUCUGCUGCCAAGGAGAGGCGUAGCAGCAUGGAGUCAUCCAGGAAGAAGAAGCAGCAGCAGAAAGGUGAGAAGAAAGCCCCCAAGGAAGCAGGAGGAGGUGGCGGGGGAUUGUUUGAUGACGAAGACGAUGACGACGGUCUGUUUGCCGAACCAUCAGCCAGCAAACCUGCCAAGAAAGAAGCAGCCAAGAAGACAGUGGAUCUCUUUGGCGAUGAGGAGGAUGGGGAGCUGUUUGGAGGGAGUGCCGCCCAGAAACCUGCCCCUGCUGAGGCUCCCAGGCAGAGGACUGACUCCAAGAAGAAGCUUCCAGCCGGUGCUGUGUCCAUGUUUGGCACCUUGGAUCCUCUGGCCGCCAAGCGAGCUUCAGGAGACCAUGAGGAGGAGAAGGAGGCGGUGGAAGAAGAGAAGACCACCCCUCCUCCAGUGGCCAAGAAGAAGGAGCCCAAGCCGACGCCACAGAAACCCGGUGGUAUGUUUGACGAGGAGGAAGGGAACCUGUUUGCUGAGCAAGCCAAGAGCAGCAAACCUGCCCCCACCAAGGAAAAGGACCCUUUGUUUGACGAUUUGGACGGUGAGGACACACUCUUUGCUGACAAGGAGACCGUUCAAGUCCCACCGGCUGCCAAGACAGCUGCUGAAGACAAGCCUGACAUGAAGAAGAAGCCGUCCGGUGGUCUGUUCGAUGACAUUGAGGGCGAUGACGGAGACGACCUUUUUGGAGCGACCUCCAAACCCAAGGAGACGACAAAGAAGAAGCCAGCCGGUGGAGUAGCACUGUUUGGAGACGCCGACAUGUUCAGCACCUCGCCCAAGAAAGAAGAGACGGAAAACGCUCCCGUCAAGAAGCGGGAUGCCACACCCAAGUCCAGAAACACACUGAGUCUGUUUGACGACGACGAACAGGACAAUCAGCUCUUUGGUGAUGGCUCCCCAGCCAAGAAGGACGAACCAGUCAUGAGGCACCGAACCAAGAGCAAGAGCGUGUUCGACGAUGAGGACGUUCUCUUCAACAUCAAGGAAGAAGCGCCCCCUGUUGACCUGUUUGGGUCAACCAGCCCUGUUUCGGCUACCAAGCCUGAUUCAAACGUUGAUAAGCCGCGAUCAGCCUCUUCCGCCGGCAAGAACCUCUUCAGUGACGAGGAGGAAGAUGACCUUUUUGAUGCUGCUGCAAAAGCCACACCCAAAUCUGCCACUAAGGCCCCACCCGCCAAGAAGGCGGAGCCCUCUACCAAGCCCAGGGCCAGUUCCCAGGUGGACCUAUUUGGGGACGAUGACGACGACAGCGAUUUAUUUGGGGGAGGCGGCAAGGCUAAGGCCAUGCCCGAGGUCAAGAGCAAGCCGGCCAUGCCCCAGGUCAAGAGCAAGCCGGCCACGCCCCAAGUCAAGAGCAAGCCAGCCACACCCGAGGUCAAGGCAAAGCCAUCCAAGAAGAAAGUGGGAGAGGAUUCUAGCAACAGUCCCACCCACAGCGACCCCUUGUUUGGGGAUCAAUCGCCUCCCCCUACCACGGCUGCCCAGCCCAAGAAGCCGGCCGGCGCUGUGUCCAUGUUUGGGGGUGUCGACCCCUUGGCCGUCACCAGGCAAAUCUCUCAGGAGUUCGCCAGGGAGGAGCAGGAGGCGAAAGAGCCCAAGGCCGAGGACAAGUCCAGCCGCUCUCCAAGUAUCAGUUCUGUUUCGGAGAAUAUCAGCCCCAAGCCCUUCUCAGCGGCAGCCACCUCUUCUGAUAAGCCAGCGUCUGUCAUCCGAUCAGUCAGAGCACCCUUGGCCAAAGCCGGGGGGAAGAGAAUUAGCAUGCUACAGUCAAACAUGGCAAUAGACCCCACAGCGAUGAGACCAGGGGCAACUCCACCCUCAAGGGAAGUGGAGCCGGAGGGAGUGUCAUUUGACGAGCCGCCAACACUUAAUACUCUCAGCAGCCUCAACAAAGGACGUGCCAAGAUAUCUACCAAGCGUCGUGCCCCCUCACGCCGGCUACGCACUGAGGGGGCGACCACGGCCAUUCCUGUCAGCCUGAGCCCCUCCUCCGGUCUCCUCAACACUUCCUCCGAGCCGCUGCCUGAAGAGCGGUCACCAUCCUCCCGCCCGCUGGACUUCUCGACUGGUCCCCUGGACACGAACGAUGUCACAUUCCCCCCUGUCACUUCCAGCAAACCCAAAGAGAGAGACAUUCCAUCAAGUGCUCCUGAUUUCAGUAGUCCUCUGGGCAUUGCUCCAAGUCAGACGACGCCCUCUUCAGUGUCAGUAGACAGUGACAAGCCCAAGGCCAAACCCCGGGACAUGUUUGGGAACGACGACCUCUUCAGCGGCAGUCCCGAGGCAGCACUCCCAGCGAAAAUCGGCGAGGACGACCUUUUUACGCCGGCACCCAAGAAGAGCGAAAGGACAAAGUCGCCGCUCAGCGUUGACCAGGACUUGUUUGCUACUGGUACCAAAUCGCAAGCAGUAGAGAAGAAGCCCCAGUCUGAUCCAUUUGAGGCGGAUCUUUUCGGGGACGGACCAGAGAGCAAGAAACAGAAGAAGAAGGCUGGGAAAGCAAAGGCACCGGCAGCGGACACUGACCUGUUUGCAACAGAUACAACCAAAAAGAAUGAAACUAAAGCGCCACCUCUCCUUGAUGAUGAUGACGAUGAUCUGUUUGCAUCAGCAUCUCCAAGCAAGGCGAAGAAGAAGAAAGAUUCCAAGAAGGCAGAGUUGGACGAAGACGACCUGUUUGCCACCAAAAAGCCAGCCACCAAAAAGACCAAAUCCAAGAAGCCCGAUGCGGACCUGUUCAGCGACAGUACCAACAUAUUUGAUGACCUUCCCAGCUCCAAGCCCAAGGAGAAGAAGAAAAAGCAGGAGUCAUCGCUCUUUGCUGACCCAGCGGAAGAUGAUAUUUUCGCCUCUCCAACAAGCUCCAAGCCUAAGAAGACCAAAGCAAAGAGGAAGGCAACCGAAAAAAAGCCUGUGACUGGCGACUCCAUCUUUGAUGAGUCCGCUCCUAGCAUCUUUGACGACCCCCUGAAUGCCAUGGGGAAGUAAGAAAUGCAUAGACAUCCUGCUUUGGGGGAGGUGAGGUGUAAACAAAAUGACAGAAACAGGGCAGAGAUUGGACCUUUGACCCUUGACCCUUAUCAAGCAACACAUUUGAGACAGAGGUCAUUGCCCACAAAAUCUCCAUUGUUUGAGAAUUUGAAGGGGAGGUAUGUUUGAAAAAUUACAAGUCAGACAUCAUGUCUUGGCUUUUUGUCUAGAAUGAAAGCUUAUAUCUUCCCCAUAAUUCAUCUUUGACGGUAUUCUCCUCUCUGGCAUAUCUGUCUAAUUCAGUCACUUCAAAAAAGUAUCCGCUUACAUGUAUUAAAAUCACCAUGAACAGGAUUUCAUGAGAUUGCAACUGCCACUCAGCGAUUGUUUAUAAAGGUAACAGAAAUAAUGAAAGUGACCUGAAGGUACUUAACAGUCCAGAUAAAUUAAGCCCCCCCCCAAUUUUAGUCCUGCCAUGAGCCCCUUGAGAAAUAAAAGCAGUAUAUUUUUGUUUGUAUUCUUUUGUUCUUUUUUGCAAUGGAAUGAAAAGUCACUUGAAGUAUCAGAAUUUAGUAACAUUGCACUAAUUGGACAGUGUUGUACAGCGCACCUGUAAGAUUAAAUUUCUUUCUUUUUUUUUCAAGAAACCAGCAGAUUUUCAUUUUCAUCCUGUCACGUGUACAGCUCCAACAGCAGUGUGAAAUAAGACCAAAUAUGACUUGCCUCUUAAAAAGGGUUAUUGGAAGGUGGCUACUGGCUGGCGAUCUCCAGAAGCCUUUGUCAGUCACGCGAGCAAAGUGUGUUAUAAAUUUUUUUUUAUUUUUUAAUGUAUUUUGAGUGAGGUGAACAGUGUCUUUAAAGUGAUAUCCCAGAGAGGAAUAAUGUCCCAGAGAGGUCAGUUGACCUGUUUCACUUGGGUGGGCUUGUGCAUCAUCAGUUUCAAGUUGGUUAGUUUUAUGAUCUCUCAUCAUUUGAGUCACAAAUGUAUAACUGUCACCCAGGAUAUAGCAUUCACCAUCGACCCAUGUCGGCAUGCGUUGAAGGUUUUUUCAAAAAUGCAUGAUCUAUUUUUUCUCUCUCUCAUUUUGGAACAGUAAUUUGAAGGUGCCUGUGGUAUACUGAGUGGAAAAUGUGCAAACCAUGUGGCAGAGGCCAGGAACCUUGUUAACGAGUUUAACCAUUUUCAUGGCACCGGCCAUUGGUGAAUUCAUAUUCUAGUGCUCUGCAGUUAGUUAUCCAGAGCAGAACUCUUGCUUCAUUUGUCUAAAGUUAAUAGCAAGAUAUACCAAGUGCAUGCUCUUUUGUAAAAGCCAAAUUUGUUCACAUACAGGAUUGAAGUGUAUGCUGGAUAAUUUUUUUUGUUGUUUUGAGUGAAUUGAGUGGAUUUUUUUUAGAAUCCAAUCCAAAGGUCGGUCAACGUGUGUCACUUGGAUGGGCUCAUGCACAGGUUUCAUGUUCAUCAUUCAUGACAUUCUCACCUGGUUUGUUGUCAUGUGGAAUGAGCAAUGUUUUACUGCCACACAAGAUGUAGCAUUCGCUGUCGACCCAUGUCAACAUUUGCCCAAGGCUGUUGCAAAAAUGCCUAAGCUAUUUUUUUUAUUUUUUGGAGUAGUAUUUUCUAGUUGCUUUAUGGUAACACCGAGUGCAAAGUGUAUAAAACACGGCUGGAGCUAUCAUCCGUUUAUACCAGUCACAGUGUUUGAAAGUAAAACUCUUUCAUGAUGCACCUGUAUGGUGGACUGACUGGUUCUGGCUGUCCUUCUUCAAAGUCCCUUCUUAAGCCCUGUCACCUUUCACAAGACCAGUCGUACUUGUACUCAACAAGAGGUGAGCAACGACAAAGGAAUGUUUUUUGUCACAGUUCAUUUUGAAUAGAUGAUGGCUUGGCUCCAGACUGAAUGACUUGUGAAGGACUUACGAUAGACUUGCAGGGACUAGUGAUGGACUUACUUCAUGUGCAGUCAGUUCUCUAGACCAGAAUGUUUGCUUUGUGUGUCUGAUGCAAGCAGGGUGUGCAUCCGACUCAUGCCAAACCCAGAAGGCGGUGGAACAUGCAGUACCCUUCGUGCAACUGCAUGUCUUGUUUCAGACACGCACCACCUUCUGGUGUGGGCAAUCCCAGCAGUUAGAUUGAAUAUAUCAGCAGCGUCUUUGACCUCACAAGAUCGCAAUUGCAGAUGGAUAGGCCCAAGAUAUAACAAUGAGUCUGGGGAAGAAAGAGGGCCAGGCAGGGUGUUUCACCCCUUUCAAGAUCUCAGCAUUGCCAUAGCAGAGUUCAUUGAAACUUGGUAUGGAUGUAGACUCAUCCACUCAUGUCUGCUUUGUACAACUGGAGACGUUCAGCUCCAUUGAACAAAGCAUUCUGCGUCCUCAAGAGUACCGUAAAACAUCACUCUACAUUUCUCACUGCCAAAAAUGUGGAGGGGGUGAUGCACGUCAACCCCGCUCACCCCAACCAGCUUCUGUAAAUCUUGUGACCUCUGGCGUUCAAAGAGUAUGACCAAGCACACAGUAUAACUAAGAAUAUGUACACACAUAAAUCUGUCCAGGUCACAGUUUUACUGAGUAUGUACACCUAUACUUUGUAAACCGGAAGUAUUCUUUGCAUUAUUCUUUCUAUUAUUCUUCCUUCAGCCAGAGGCGUUCUCUUGCUACAUUGACGCGUAUUUACAACUUAUAUUUAGCGAAAGCUUUGAAUUUUGAAACUAGCGUUUUUUCAUAAUGUAUUGCAUUUCGUGUUUGUUUCAUGGGCAAGUUGCACCUUUCCAAUCCCAGUUGUUUUAUAUAUUCAUCGUUAGAAACCAUGAUUAUAAAAUCUGUUCUUCACCGCCAAAGUGAAAUCUCGGACAAAUCAGUAAUGUCUGAAUAGUUAGCCGUUUUACUAUUCCAGGAUCGCACAUCGAUGCUUUUCAAUUAUACAGAAAAUAUAUGUAUCCAAGAAAGUCACGCAGUUUCCCUUCGUAACGGGAGCAACAAAGUAAUCGUAGAUGAAGCCUGGUUUUGAGAUAUUUUUACUGUGCUUAUGCUUUCGGGCAGUUUAUUGGUUUCAUGCGCAUUCGAAACACUAUGUGCAUCAUUGGGGUUCUGUUAAAAAAAUUUGGCCAAGGAAAAUUGGCCACUUUCCAACAGGUCUGUCCAUCCCCAACUCCAAUGCCGACGGUCCCCCCAUCAUUCUGGUUAGGAAGCCUGCCAUGUAAGUCCUGGGUAGAGUUACAAUGUAGGGUUAAAUAGCCUGGUUUGAAGAACGCUCGGGCCGUAGUUUCCAAGGUCUACGGUUCGAACCCUGUUCCAGGCAACUGCUUAGGUCACCAACGAGCCUUUUCCCUCUUUUUUACCACUGCAAACAGGUUAGGCCGAAUGAAAUAUACCUCGAUAAAUAACCAUUAACGAGGGGCUGAAACAUACGGCUGCCAACCAAGUAAGUUUGAUGCCAGAAAGUUAGAUGUAAAGGUUAGAUGUAAAGGAAAGAAAGGAAAUGUAAAAUGGGGUAAAUAAUCGACUCGAUACAUUCUUUUCAUUGGUAAAUAUGUGUAAUUGAUUCUUUUUAUUGUUCAGAGGACUGAUUUUUACCGUUCUGUACAUGAUAUUACAUUACUGAAAAUAUUAAGCUUCGUUUUUGUAAUACACAUGUAUUUACGCAUGGAUAAGUUGAGAAUAUGGAUAACUCAGUCUACAUGCCAACAGUUUUUUGUACAAACAAUUAAAGAAAAUGUACAUAAUGGUAGAUAUGCUAUAUAAUUAAAGCAAAUUCUGCAUAUGAUGAACCUGAA